AUGGAGUUCCUUGCUGCCGGCUUGGCUUGGGCAGUGAACAAGAUAGCGUCAUCCCAGAAUGUUCUUAGUCGUCUUGGUCUAGCGUCUUUGGUUGCUCAAAGCACAAUCUCGUGGCCAGAGUUCUCGGCAGAAAUUUCCCCGCAGUUAUCGCCUCGUGCAUCGGUAAUUCUACAACACGAACCUUUAUUCAUCAACCACACAAGUAGAUGGCGAGACUGGCACUCGCCAGAUGUCGGUGUUGUGGUCAAAGUCUUCACUGAGAACGAUGUUCAGGCAACAAUCCGAGUGGCGAAUGAGUACGGACUCCCCUUUCUUGCCAGAUCUGGUGGCCAUGGCGCAACAGAAUCACUGAGCCAGGCAAAUAAUGUGAUCAUAAUCGACCUUCGAGAAUGGGACACGGUCAACAUUGCCGAGGAUGGUAAGAUUGCAACGAUUGGAGGAGGAGCCAGUGUGAAGAAAGUGGUCAACACUCUUUGGGCGGCAGGGAAACAGACAGUAACCGGUAUCUGCGAAUGCGUCGGUAUAUCCGCCCCUGUUCUAGGAGGUGGUCACGGCUGGCUUCAGGGACAGUAUGGUCUGGCUUCUGAUCAAGUGGUCUCAGCAAAGCUUGUUCUCCCAAACGGCGAAGCUGUAACAGCAUCUCUAAAUGAAAACUCUGGCCUUUUUUGGGCGUUGCGGGGAGCCGGGCACAAUUUCGGAAUAGUGACCGAGUGGCAAUAUCGUGUUCACGAUAUCAACAACUCGAAGUGGUUUUACGAAAUUUUCAUCUUUCUUGGUGAGCAGCUCGGGGAGGUGUUCGAGUUAACAAACAAGAUGAUGAAGACUCAGCCGCCCGAAACGACGCACUGGAUCUACUUCGUUAAUGUUCCAGAAAUUGACCUUGAACGUCCUGUCAUCUGGUACGGUGUCAUUUAUGACGGCCCUCUUGACACCGCCAUGAAAUAUACGGAGCCUCUUCACAAGAUUCAUUAUGCGUCCGCAUUUCCACAUCGUGAUGAUAACAUUCUGGUCACGCCAUAUAUUAUGUACAAACCUAAUGCUUCAAUCGACGCAGUCGCUCAGGAACACGGCAAGAGACUAAGAAACCACUUGCUCGAGGCUAGUGACGAUCCGAAAAGGUUGAGGGCUUAUGUGAAUUAUGCGCAUGGUAACGAGCCACUGGAGGCUAUGUACGGUUGGGAAGACUGGAGGCUGGAGUUAUUGAAGAUCACAAAGGCGGAGUGGGACCCUGAAAACCGGAUGAGGUUUUAUAGCCCCCUGGAAUAG